AUGGCAAAGAAGAGACCAAAUCAAAGUAAAGGGGCUUCAGGGAAGGGUAAACAAAAGUCUCCUUCAAAUGGUAAGACUAAUGUUGAACAAAGGCAUAAGCAUGAAGAAAAAAUUGAAGAGCCUCAAGUAAUUGAGGAAACUCCAGUAGUUAUAGACUUUUCAGGACUUUCUGCAACUCAGAAAAAGAAUCUAAAGAGGAGAUUGAAGAAGAAGAAUGUGGAUUCAAAUUCACAAGAAGGUCAAGGAGUUACAAAACAAAGAAAACCAUUAACCAAGAAAGAAAUUGAAGCAAUGCUUCCAAAUGAUCCAAUGUCAAAAACUAGGUCAGAAUUCCUUUCCAAGGCAAAUUCUAGGUUACGUGGCAUGUUGGAUCUUUCAGUUUUACCAAUAGAGGAGGUACUGAGUAAGAAAGGGGAACAGGAACGGGAAUUGAACAAGCUUUUGGCAGAGAUUUCUGAAACUUUGUCCAAAGAGUCAUCUAACUUAAAGAGGCCGCCAAAGCAACUCAGUGUGAACACCAUUUGUGAGCAGCUCCGUGACUUUGAGCUAGUAUCUAAGGAUGAUGAGGGCUAUGACGAGGAGUUCCACCAGCACUUGAAGGAGUUAUUGGUAGUAGCUUCACUAUAUGAGAACUACCGCAACUUCCAAAACCAAUGUAAUGAACUUAGAACUAGAAUAGAACGCAAGCUUUCUAUCAACAGGGAGCUUUCACAGGCAGCUAUGGAUAGCAACAAACAAAAGAGAUUGGUAAAUAAGGUCAAGAGUUUAAAGCAGGAUUCUUCAAUUGACGGCGAUUCAAUUGAAACAAAAGUAUUUGAACUUCCAAACAAUAAAGGUAAUCUAUUGGAUGUUUUGUUCGGUUCCAGUUCUAAGAUGGCCAAGAACUUGGAGAAGAAGUUCGGUGCUUUGGUUGAGAAGUCUACCGGCAACUCAGUGCAGAUCACGGGCUUACUUAAGGACAUUGAGAAAUGUUGGGAAAGUAUUCGUCAAUUAGAUUUCAGUUCACAAGAAACCGUCUCACUAGACCCACGCGUCAUUAAGAAACUUUACUCAAUGACAGGAAACAUUAACCUGAAAUCAUUACAGGAUGAACUCUCUGUUAUUAUUAAUCGUAUGGAGAACUCUUUGAUUAUUUUAGGUUCGCCAGAGUCCACAAAAACUGUGGUUGAAUUAAUCAACAAGAACUCCGAUAUUUCAAACAACACUGUCUCAAUCCCUGUUUCAUUAAUUGUUGCUAAAGCUUUACAAUUCAACUUCCUUCCAACUGUACGUUCCAUUGAAAAGGAAACCGAUACAAGCGUUCGUAUUCAAUUUGGAGGUAAAUCUAGAGAGGUCACUAGUUUGGCUGAUAUUUCAGAUUCACAGCCUGAUAGCAAGAUUUUGAUAUUCGGAAAGCCUGAUAAAUGUGAAGUUGCCAAGAACAAGCUUUCGACGUUGAUUAAGAGUCUAGAAGUUGAGAGUAUUCAAGCCGAUAAUAAGGCAGUUAGAAGACUUUUCAGUCCACCCGGAAAAGAUUCAUCGGAAGACACCAACACAAGAAUGUCUAGAAGUAUCUUGGAUGAGUUCUCUAAAUUGAGAGACUCCAAUAAAAUGGGAAUUGUCAGAAUUGGAUCUUCAGUUAUGCUAGUUGGUCCUGCUUCAGAGAUCAAAAAGGCCAAGCCAAUUUUGCUCAAUCUUUUGGAAAGAGCUCAGUAUACUCCAUUCACUAAGACAAUUCACAAGGAUCAACUCAGAGUUCUCAACCAUUCAAGGCGUGAGAAGAUUGAAAAGGAAGCUUCUGUAGAGAUCUCAACUCAGAAGAGACAAGAAGGUCGCACUGUUGUAAUUGAGGUUUUGGGUUCAGAACAGGCCAAAGCCAAGGCAGAAAGUUUAAUUGAUGAGAUUCUGGCAAAAGAGGCACAUUUAGAAGUUUUGGAACUUGAUUAUUGUACAUACGACAAGCUUUAUGGAAAUCAGAGAUCUCAUCUGAGGAAGCUUACUUCUAGUUUCCCAAAUGUACAGGUUAUUCAGGCAGAAAAGAAGAAGAGUUCAAUUUCGCUCCUUGGAUCAAAGGAGGAGGUUUUGAAGCUUAAGGAAAAGUUUGUAGAGUUUAACAAGCAAACUUUGGAAAAUUCUUCAAACGAAACCAAGGAAAUCAUAGAAAUUCCAAGUGGUAAGAUGGGGCUAAUAAUAGGAACCAAGGGAAGUGUACUUAAUGAAAUCAGGAGCAAGGCUAAUUGCGAGUCAAUAAACGUACCCAAAAAUUCCAGUCAUGUAGUUCUCCAAGGUACUGAAGAACAAUGCAAUAUUGCUAGAAAUCUAAUCAGUGAAAUUCUUUCAAACUCUCUUUCAAAUUCAAACACCACAACUUGCAGUGAACAGAGUGAAUCACAUCCAAACAAGGUUUCCACACCUGAAUCACUAAAAUUUGACGAGAAGUGCUUCCCUACUCUCGGUGGCACAAUUUCCACAUUCUAA